AUGGCUAUUUCAAAGAGUGUAAAUAACAAGAAGCAGCACUGUUACAUCUCUGUACCUUCGGAGAUCAUAAACUCUCUAUCGUCUACUUCUCUUCAGUCUCUGGUUGUUUCUCCCAAGAAGGCAGCUGCUGCUUCCAGGACUAUUGUAUUUUCAAGAGCAAGGAUCCUUAAGAACCCCAGGAUUUGGUUUUUGUUGCUUUUUUUAUGUGGGUUUUUUGGUAUGUUGAAGAUGUGGUAUAAUUUUGAUCCUUUUUCGCCCUAUCCAUGUGGGAAUAUUGAAAAAAGGGACGAUUCGAGCUUAAUCUCCGAUGGGUUUUUAAGUUCGGUGGUCAAACUUGAAGAAAAAGUUGAGGAAAAGAGUGAUUUCUGGGAACAGCCGGAUGGGCUUGGGUAUAAGCCUUGUUUGGAUUUCAGUGCUGAGUAUAAGAAAACAAGUGUUGAGAUUUUGAAAGACCGCACGAAAUAUUUGGUGGUGGUCGUUUCCGGUGGUAUGAAUCAGCAAAGGAAUCAGAUUGUUGAUGCUGUUGUGAUUGCCAGGAUCCUUGGUGCUACACUUGUCGUACCAAUCUUACAAGUCAACGUUAUUUGGGGAGAUGAAAGUGAAUUCUCUGAUAUAUUUGAUGUUGAACACUUCAAGAGAACUCUAGCAGAUGAUGUUAGAAUAAUUUCAUCGUUGCCAUCGAACCAUUUGAUGUCGAGGCCAGUAGAGGAAAAACACACCCCACUUCAUGUUUCUCCUCAAUGGAUUCGCUCUCGAUACCUCAAAAGGAUGAGGCGAGAAGGGGUUCUACUUCUUCGAGGUCUAGAUUCAAGGCUUUCUAAAGAUCUUCCUUCUGACCUCCAAAAGCUUCGAUGCAAGGUUGCGUUUCAUGCAUUGAGGUUUGCAUCACCAAUCUUUGAACUGGGAAAUAAGCUUACGGAGAGGAUGAGAAGCAAAGGGCCUUAUCUUGCUCUUCAUCUUAGAAUGGAGAAGGAUGUUUGGGUGAGAACAGGAUGUCUGCCGGGGUUGAGCUCAAAGUAUGAUGAGAUAAUCCGCAAUGAAAGAAAGCUUCGCCCUGAGCUCCUAACUUCAAGAUCCAACAUGACUUCCCACGACCGAAAGCUCGCUGGUCUCUGUCCUUUAAAUGCCGUGGAGGUUACACGGCUCUUGAAAGCUCUACGAGCUCCCAAGAACGCACGGAUCUUUUGGGCGGGAGGAAAUCCAUUAGGCGGCAAAGAAGCAUUGGUACCAUUAACGAAAGAAUACCCACAUUUCUACAACAAAGAAGAUCUCGCCUUACCCGGAGAGCUAGAGCCAUUCGCUAACAAAGCUUCCAUCAUGGCUGCUCUUGACUACAUUGUUUCUGAAAACAGUGACGUCUUCAUGCCCUCUCAUGGCGGAAACAUGGGCCAUGCUAUCCAAGGACACAGAGCGUAUGCAGGGCAUAAAAAGACGAUUACCCCCAACAAGAGACAAAUGUUGUCGUAUUUCUUGAACCCGUCACUUCCUGAAGCGGAAUUCAACAGGAUUAUCUUUGAUCUGCACCGUGAUUCCAUGGGGCAGCCGGCAAUCAGAACUAGCAAAGCAGGACGUGAUGUUACAAAGUAUCCGAUACCCGAAUGUAUGCGGAACAAUUCAAUGGUUCAACAAUCAUUAUGA